GGAAAACACCUUUGACAAGUGCUCAGUCGACUAGUCUGCAAAUCUUAAGUGGAAUUACCUGGGAUCACCUGGCCCCACCAGCAAUAGUUGGUCUCUCCAGCUGCAGCCAUGGUGUCCCCCAGGGUUGCCCUGCUGCUCCUUCUUAUCAUCAAGCUGGCGGUGUCAGAUGAAGAAUCUGAGUCCUCCUCUUCUGAGGAAACUAAACCUGUACCUCUAAAGGCAGAAGGACCUCAGAAGGAAUCUGACUCGUCAUCUGAUGAAAGUCCAGAACUUCCAAGCAAGUUACCUGUAAUACCGAAGGGUGAAGGACCGCAGAAGAAAGCUGACCCGCCUCCUGCAGAAAUUCCAAUCCAACCGAAGGCUGAAGAACCUAAAGAGAAUCAAGUACCUGAGACCAAAGAGAAAUCCUCUCCGGCAACAAAUCCGGAUCAAGGACUUGAAAAACAGGCGGCUGAAACUAAAAGUAAAGACAAUGAGGAGGUCCAGUCUGAAAGUGCAAAACUUCCUCCUUGUGAUCCAAAAGAGUGUUCGUGUCAAGGAGUGGUGGCCAGAGAACCGCAGACGAAGUGUUUUCAAACAAGACUAGCCAACAUCAUCUGGGACUCAACUAUCCAAAAAGGACCAAAGCACUUCCUUAGACGUUGUGAGCCGAUUGGUCAAAGAGUCAUCGUCGAAACUGUGUACCCUGGCUUUAGAAGAUUUUCUUAUGACUCGUGGCGGCGUUGGGGAAGGAGACAUCACUCGAAGCCAGUGGACCUAAUGAGACUAGCAGACCCUUCUAAAGGACUGGAUCCCAAAAAAAUAAUUGGACCUUUCAAACCCUGCGACGACGGUGGAAGGGUCGUUUGUGUGAUUCUUGGCGAUAAAAGACUUUCCCCAAGUGGUCCAAAAGCUCCAGGCGAUCCACAAGGACCCCAGGGCCCGAGUGAUCAAAAAGACCCAAGUGGUCCAAAAGCCCCAGGCGAUCCACAAGGACCCCAGGACCCGAGUGAUCAAAAAGGCCCAAGUGGUCCAAAAGCCCCAGGCGAUCCACAAGGACCCCAGGACCCGAGUGAUCAAAAAGGCCCAAGUGGUCCAAAAGCCCCAGGCGAUCCACAAGGACCCCAGGGCCCGAGUGAUCAAAAAGGCCCAAGUGGUCCAAAAGCCCCAGGAGAUCCACAAGGACCCCAGGACCCGAGUGAUCAAAAAGACCCAAGUGGUCCACAGAGACCCAGGGACCCAACUGACCCAAGAUCAUCAGAUCUCCGUGAUAUCUUCCGACAAAUAGAUCAAAUGUACCCAUGGGACCCCUGGCACCCUUUCUACCGAUGGGAUCCAUUGGGUCCAUUGGACCCUAAAGGCCCAAGUGACCCUAGUGGUCCAAGGGACCCAAGUGAUCCACGGGUCAUCUGGUAUCAAAGAGAUCCAGAAGAUCCGAGAUCCCCAUGGUACUUUUGGGACCCCAAAUCCCAAAAGUGGGUACCCAAAAGACCUUGGGGACCCAGAAGACCUUGGGGACCCAGAAGACCUUGGGGACCCACAAGACCUUGGAGACCUUGGCGACCUAGAGGACCGGAUGAUCCAGAAGGACCUGAAGGACCUUGGGGACCUGAAGGACCUUGGGGACCUUGGGGACCUAGGGGACCUAGGGGACCUAGGGGACCAAGAGGACCAAAGGGACCAAAGGGACCG